AUGAAUAUACUUGCUGUAUUGGUUGAAGAAAUAGACGACGAGGGUGGCAGCUUCUGCCCUGACGCGACAGUGCAGAAGCACCUUCUGGAGACGCUGCGGUCCCAGGAGGGCGACAUCGUAAAGGUCGGCGUCGUUCGCGGCCAGAAGGGCGUGGGCCAGCUGCACAUCAGCGGCGACAAGUACCGUGUGCAGCUGCUUCCUCUGGACCAGUUCAGUGCGCCGGAAGACGUGUUUCGGUGGCUGGGAGAAGAAGGCAAGUUGACGGAGGAUGCAGAGCGCGCUGGGAAUACGGAGGGAAGAGCGGCGGAUGAGGAAGUGGAGACGCUACCUCGGUGCACAUUGGCUAAGCGGCUCAAGUUGACGGUGCGGCCCCGCCCGGACAGGUACAUGUUCGGCGCGUUGACUGGGGCACAGUUCGACGCUUGGAAAACGCAUCCGUGGGAGCUUCCUGGCGCGACAGAGAUGAAUGGAGUGCGGCGAGAGGCGGUGCCGUUGGUGGACUUGUUUGUAGCCUUGCCUCGUCCCCGACUGUUUGACAAGUUGCUGCAAUACAUGGGGUCGAUGUCGAUUGGACAGGUGGGAAUGUUCGUCGGCACGCGUUCAGACCUGGCGUAUUUUUCGUCUCCGAAGAUGGGCGCAGAGUGCAUCGCCAAGUCGCUGAGGCUGGGCCUGGAGCAAGGCAUGCGGACGACGCCACCGCCCGUGACCGUGUCUGCGUCUCUGAGCGAGGGGCUAAAGCAGCUUUCGGCCUUUUACGACGAAGCAGCCUUCCGUGCGACCGUCUCACUCGUGGCGCACCCCUACGCUGUACACGACCGCACGCCGCUGCACCUCAUGGACCCCGCCGUCGGCCUGACGCUACAUCAGGGCCCCGUGCUACUGGUGCUCGGUCCCGAGGGCGGCUUCACCAACGAGGAAGUCCAACUGCUCCUCACCUGCCUCCCAAACCCGCAUCUCAUCACUCUCGGCAAAGACAUCCUUCGAUGCGAAGUAGCAAUCCUUUCUCUAAUUGCGCAAACCAACCUACUCCUCACCGCGCCCCGCUCCCAACCGCCUUACCUCCGGUUACCGACGCCACAACUCCUACAAGCGCCCAUCAAACUACCCGUACAAGGACGAAGAAGCUGUCAACGGGAACAGAAGCCUCUACCCGAACAAAAGACCAUACUCGAACGGAAGACCAUACCCGAACAGAAGACCUGUCCACCUGAACCGAGACAUUAA